AUGGAUGAAAAUCCUCCAUACAUUGGUCAGCGCCGAUCCUACGGCGGUGCACUCUGUUCAGUCCGCUACUAUGGACCUCUAUCAGGCACGAAAGGCGAGUGGCUUGGUGUCGAAUGGGAUGACCCAACUCGAGGAAAGCACGAUGGGGUUCACGAGGGCCAGCGAAUAUUCCAAUGUUUGUCUUCUUCACCAACCGCUGCCUCCUUUGUGAGACCUAGCAGAAAGCCUGACCCGGAGAGAACACUACUUGAGGCCAUCAGAUUCAAAUACGGAAGGGCGAAGAAAGCCCCUCACGGUGAAGCUGGAGGUGUUGAAACGACCAGUACCAUUGCCAUUUCAGGCAAAGUUGUUGAAGAGGUUGGCUUUGAAAAGAUCCAGAAGCAAUUGUCUGUCCUGGCUGAGCUUCGAAUAGUCCUUGCGGACGAAUUGACUGUUAUUGGAGUCGCGAGACGUGAUGCCACGACUCAAGAAAUUGAAGGUGCACGGCAAGAACUAGGCAAAACUUGUCCGAGUAUCGCAGAAUUGGACAUCGGCUGGAAUCCAAUUGAAACGUGGCAGGAUGUGGCAUAUAUGUCUCAGCCGUUUAAAAAACUAAAAAUCCUCAAGGCGAGCGGUCUCCGGCUCCAUGAUUACCAGCGAGAACGAUUCGCAAAAAAAGAUCAGUCAUUUCAGCAUGUGGAAGAAUUGCAUUUGAGCGAAUGUCUCUUGGAACCAGAGCAGGUUAUCCAGAUUUUGUCCCCAUCAGCAUCCAUCGCCUUCCCAGCACUAAAGACUUUAAUGCUCCUGGACAAUAAUUUUGACUCCUUUACACUCGUCGCAAGGGUCAAGCUCCCAUCAAUCACGACAAUAAUAUUCGACAAUAACAAAUUCACCAGUCUUUCGUGCUUGAAACCCAUUUUCUCGCUCUUCCCAAAUACCACGACUCUUUCUUUCCAAGGGAAUAUGAUCUCCCACAUUGGACUCGACGCCGUCGCAUCUGGCAAAUUACCUGUCUUCGAGAACCUGGAAACCUUGAAUCUUACCGGAAACAACAUUCAGGACUACAGCUUCGUCAAUUACCUCCCAACAGUCUUCCCAAAUCUGACAUCUCUUCGCAUUUCGCGUAACCCUCUCUACCAGACAUCGGCUCAACAAGAGCCGCAAGACCGACCAUCAGAGGCCAGCAAGCAGCCAGAGCGCGGGUCCCAAACUGCCGGCGCCCAGUCCGAUUCGAUAUCAUACUAUCUCACACUCGCGCGGAUCCCCAAGUUGGUAUCCCUAAACUACACGACAAUCACGAGCCGCGACAGAGAGGAAGGCGAGAUCUACUAUCUCUCCGUGGCCGAGAAGGAGAUCUCGCUGGUGUUGGACACUGUCGACCGCGACAGAGGCUCUGAUUCUUCGAAAGUGGUUUCUGCUUUGGAGAGCCAUGUAGACUCGAUUCGCGGCAAACACCCUCUUUACAGCUCUCUCUGUGCCAAAUAUGAAAGAGAUGACCUGCUCGAACGUGCGUUGCAGAUUUACAGGGCGACAGCUCACACGGUGGCGGAAGUAGAUGGCGCUGGCGGUGUCAAAACAAAUAUCGAGACCUACGCUGCUGGCACGCUGGGCUCGAGGCUGGUCGAUGCGUUCUUCUAUGUUCCAGAUACAGUCAUUAGCCAUGCAGAUGGCAUUCUCUCCACCGCACAACCACCGCUCAAUGAAGGUUCACCGGUAGGGGUAGAGACAGGGUCGCUGAAGUCGCUGAGCCGCGCGCUCCCUACUACCAUCUCAGUGUACCGGUUGAAGUCGCUCGUUGCGAAAUCCUUCUCCCUUGCGCCGUUGCAAUUCAAGCUCGUCUAUGAGUCUCACGAGUACGACCCGGUCGAGCCGAUUUCACGCAACACGGGCGCUGCCAAUGAUGGUGGAGGGGAUCAUAGCGAUGAGAAGAACUCCUGGGUUGCUUGGGGAGACUGGGACGUCGACUCAAGCGAGUCAGAAUCCAGAGACGAUGGUGAUCGGAAUGACGACCAGAGUGCAAAGACUACUGUCGGUGAUGAUGGUUGCUUGCUGCGAGAGCCAUUGUUCAUCGUCCGAGAUGGUCAGAGGUUCAAGAAGCGGGAGACGCAGAUCCUUGAUGGAAUGCGACCGUGGGGCGAUUUCCUGGAUUUGGAGGGCAGUCCGUGGACUAAUGGUGGUGGUGGGAGAGAAGGGAGGUUGUUGAGGGGGGUUAGAGUCCGCGUAGAGCCGUUUUAA